AUGGACGUCGAAGAGGAGCCAGCGCUGUACUCGAAACGCUCCAUCUUCUUCAUGGUCCUCUUCUCUGGACUCGCCAUUGGUUCAGAUGCGUACAAUAGCGCCUUGAUGGGCCAGCUCGGUCUCCUCCUUACGGUCAUCUAUCCUGAUACACUCUCGGUCGCCAUGCAAUCUCAGCUCACCAAUGCCUUCAUUAUCGGACUUAUUCUGGGCAUGCUGGCGUUCGGAUUCAUCUCCGAUCGCCUGGGACGAAGGUCUGGCGCGGUGCUUACAACACUCUUCCUUUCGGUCGGGAUCGUCAUGAGUGCCGCGUCACACGGCACGAGUGACAAUGGACUUUUCUGGAUGUUGACCAUCUCAAGAGGCAUUGCUGGCUUUGGCGCUGGCGGCGAAUACCCAGUGAGUGGAGCAGGCACUGCAGAAUCGACGGACGAUUCGCCGCGGGCCAGAAAGCAUCGAGGCUUCAUAUUCGCCAUGGUGUCGGAUGUGUCGGCUUCUUUUGGGUUCAUCUUUUCUGGACUGGUGCCGUUGCUCUUGUUGCUGUGCUUCCAGGAGGAAGAAAAGCAAUACGGCAAAGUCUGGAGAAUUGCGUUCGCGCUGGGUGUCAUUCCUCCCAUUUCCAUCUUUUGGUUCAGGUACCGCUUAGCGAUGAGCAGUGCUGAGCGGCGGUCAUCGGCGAGGCAUGCCAUUCUUCCUUACCAUUUGGCCGUGAAGCGAUACUGGCGUCCGCUGCUCGGGAGCGCGCUUGCGUGGUUCAUCUACAACUACAUUGCGUAUCCCUUCGGCCUCUUCUCAUCCAGCAUCCUAGCCAGCGUCAAUGCUGGGGAUAGCCUGGUGAAGAGCUACGGCUGGGGAACACUGAUCAACUGCUUCUACCUACCAGGAGGGUUCAUUGGCGGGUAUCUCAGCGAUCGCAUUGGAAGGCGGCGAACGAUGGCUCUCGGCUUUGGUCUUCAGGCAUGUCUUGGGUUCAUCAUUGGCGGAUGUUUCCCCCAGAUUCAGGACCGUACAGCCUUAUUCAUCAUUCUCUACGGCCUGUUCCUGACAUUGGGAGAAAUCGGCCCUGGUGCUUGCAUAGUUGCGACCUCGUCCGAGUUCUUCCCAACAUCCAUACGAGGCCAAAUGAUGGGUUUGUGCUCGGCAAUUGGCAAAGCAGGGGCUGCAAUUGGAACGAGUGUUUUCAAGCCUAUCCUUGCAUCAUAUGGCGACAACGUUCUACGUGGAAACCAGGCAGUGUUCUUGAUCGGCUCCGGAUUUGCAGUCUUGGGCAUGCUCGUUGCAUGGUUCUUCAUACCAUCGCAGCCCGCAAAUCUGGUGCAAGAAGAUGACCAGUGGAAGCUGUAUCUGCGGGAGGCUGGAUACGACAUUCAUUUCGGCGAUGACAAGACGAAGGAUCCACCGAAAGUGCAAUUCGAUGGAGUAAGGCAGAAGACGAUGACGAUAGACUGA